AUGGACUUCGACUCCCUCCUCUCCAAAGAAAUCUCCAAGAACAAACCCGACCAAUCCCGCAAAUUCGUCCGCCGCGCCGACCUCGAAGCAUCCCGCCGCGCAGCCUACGAAGCCUCCCAGCGCGCCCUCGAAGAAAAGCGCGAAGCCCGCGCCGCCGAAAAGCGGAAGGCCGAAGAGGACGAGGCGGCCGAGAAUCGCGCGCGAGAGGAGAAGCGGCGACGGUUAGCCGAGGAAUCUAGGAAACGACGCGAAGAGGAGGAGAGGGAAGAGGAGAGGAAGAGGAGGAAGAGGCUUGGUUUACCAGAGCUGGUGGAGGAGAAGAAGGGAGAGGAUGAAGAGGUCGGGGAGGACGAGGAGGAUAUCUCCGAGGAGGAGCUGGUGGAAAAGCUGAGAGACAUUGGUGCGCCGGCCGUUUUGUUUGGGGAGAGCCAUUUGGAGAGGUUGAGGAGGUAUAGGAGGCUUACGACUGUGGUUACGGCGGGACCGAUCCCGACGACGUUGAGGCUUGUGGAGGAGAAGGAUAUGAAAGUGCAUGGGACGGUGCCGAAGGAUAAGGAGGGGAGGAAGUAUUUGUUUAGGCAGCUGGCGUCGUAUUUUACGCUUGUGCUCUCAGAGUAUGAGAAGGCGAUGGAGAAGGAGAGGAGGGAUACGUUGACGAGCAAGACGGCGUACAAUGCCAUGGUGCAGACGCGGGAGAACAUGAAGCCGCUCUUCAAAAAGUUCGAAAAAGGCGAACUCGAAGACUCCAUCCUCGAACCCGUCGUCGAAAUCGUCAAGGCGGCGCAGGAACGGCGCUACGUCGACGCCAACGACGGCUACCUCCGGCUCAGCAUCGGCAAGGCGGCGUGGCCCAUCGGCGUGACCAUGGUAGGUAUCCACGAGCGAAGCGCGCGCGAGAAGUUGCACACGGGUGAGAGGGGCCAUGUCAUGGGCGACGAGGUGACGCGCAAGUUUCUGCAGAGCAUCAAGAGGUGUCUUACGUUUGCGCAGGUGAGGUGGCCGCCGGAGGAUAUUACGCAGCUCAUGGGAUAG